AUGGGCGGUCAUUCUGGCUCCGGUUCUGGCCCCGCCCCCGGUGCUGCUCCGACUGUCUUCCCGACACCCGAGGACUCAGCUGAUGCGAUAACCACGAUCUAUGUUCCAGUUGUGAUGCCUCAAGCUGAAGAAGCCCCUCCUCAGCCUCAGAAUGCCGGACCCCUUGUCGAGCCACCAACCGAGCUCUACGGUCUCGGCAUUACCUUUGGUCCCCCUGCUGGCAACUGA